ACUGGCUAAGCCUGCUACACCCACUGCUUUCUUCUUUAUUCUUCUCUCUGUUGAGCUAAAAGGGUGCGCGAAACUGUUAACACUGUCCAAUCCCAACAGUUUCUUGCCGCGCUGAUUGAAAAAAGAUUGGAAGGGUCGAUGCCCCUUUUGCUUCAAACAGUGUAAAGUGGAUUUCAGCCGACUGGUUCCCCAACUUGUUCACUUUUGUAUUCCAUUGAUGUGGACUCCAUAAUUUUCCAACUCAGAGCUUCGCAAUUGGGAUUUUGGACUCCAAGAAGAGAUCGGGAUGGGUCGUGAUUCCUAGCAGCUGAGCCUUUUUUCUGGGGCCGCGAAAUCCUUAAGCUGGAUCAGUAGAUAAUUCCUCUGUUUGGCUUUGAAGCGCUUGAAAUCUAUGCUUGACAUGAUGGUCUCACAAGGGGCUUUCCUUUACUGAUUUGAGCUUCCAAAGACUUCUUGUGGUGACCUUGAGAUUGGUGUUUGAUGCUAAUUCUAAGACAAUGGAGAGGCUUAUGGCCGGAUUCUUACACUAGCGUUCGCCUUUUCGACUUGGUAAAGAUAAUAUGAAGAACCUUCUCAAGAAGUUCCAUAUCAUGUCCAGUGAUCAGUCAGAUGAUGCAGCAGAAGGGUCUACUUCAUCAAGCCGCAGUAAAUUAAUUGAGGUUUCAUCGUCUGAUAAGCUGCUAUCUCGCUCUCGACCGACCUAUUUUAAUUCUGAGCAUGAACCCUUCUCGGGGAUAUCCGGUUGGUUGAACUCUGUUACAAAUAGGCGUUGCACCAGCCCGACAUCAUCUUCAGAUCCUACUGCAGGGGAGAUAAUGGAGCCAUCUGUUUCAGUGUCUAGCAGAGAGGCUGCAGUGGAUACAUCAAGGCGUGAUUCGAGGGAUCAUGAUAUAGAGGAAGAGAAUCAGAUACAGCUUGCUUUGGAAAUGAGUGCCAGAGAGGAUCCUGAGGCGGCUCAGAUUGAGGCUGUGAAGCAGAUCAGUUUGGGGUCGUGUGAUCCUGCUAACACUCCAGCUGAAGUUAUUGCCUUCAGAUAUUGGAAUUACAAUUCUCUUAGCUAUGAUGACAAGAUCUUGGAUGGCUUUUACGACCUAUAUGGAGUCUUUUCUGAGUCCACCUCAGAAAGAAUGCCUUCCCUAGUUGAUCUGCAAGGAGCACCAAUGUCUGACAGUGUCACUUGGGAAGCAGUUCUGAUCAACAAAGCUGCCGAUGCAAACUUAUUGAAACUAGGGCAGACAGCAUUGGAGAUGGCCAUCAAGUCGAGGUCGGAAUCUCCAACUUCUGUAAAUCGUUAUUUGGUGCGGAAGCUUGCUGUUUUAGUUUCAGAUCAUAUGGGUGGACCAGUGGGGGAUCCUGAAAAGAUGUUGAGGAAAUGGAGAAAUCUUAGUUACAGCUUGAAAGCAACCCUUGGUAGUAUGGUUUUUCCUCUUGGCUCCCUUACCGUUGGGAUGGCUCGUCAUCGUGCAUUGCUAUUCAAGCUUUUGGCAGACGGUGUGGACAUCCCUUGUAGGUUGGUGAAAGGACCACAGUACACAGGUUCUGAUGAUGUAGCAAUGAACUUCGUAAAGAUUGAUGAUGGAAGGGAGUACAUUGUGGAUUUAAUGGCAGAUCCUGGUACACUUAUUCCGGCUGAUGUUGCUCGAUCGCUUAUAGAGUAUGAUGAAUCCGCCUUUUCAGUCGGUCUGCUUUCUAGAGAUGUUGGUUCCUCUCAGACAGGCUUUUCAAGCUGUGGGGUUGGCAGUUCAUUAGAGGAAAAUCUAGAUUUUGGUACCACAAAGGAAUAUGAUCCUCCCAAUGUUGACAAGGGGCUACCACAUGAUUUUGCUAGCAAACCAAAUUAUCCUGGCAUGCACGUUAGAUCGCCUUCUUGGACUGAGGGUGUUAGCUCGCCUGCAGUGCGCAGAAUGAAAGUAAAGGAUGUUUCACAAUACAUGAUUGAUGCUGCCAAAGAGAAUCCGCGAUUGGCUCAGAAGCUUCAUGAUGUGUUGCUUGAAAGCGGUGUAGUUGCACCCCCAAACUUGUUUACCGGGGUAUAUCCCGACCAAAUAGAUGUUAUUGUCGGGUCUAAGCCGCCAACUGAAGACAAGGAUCAAGGUGGAAAGGUGUCUCGUCUCUGCAACAGUGCAGAUAAGAAAGCUUCUCAUUCAGCUAAUUUUUUGCCUCCCUUGCCUCAGCCCAGAUUACAUUCUAAAGCAAGCCCUACCCAUGGCCAACAACAGCAUCUUAAACCUCUGGAGCGCAACCUCUCUCUUGAUUCAAGAGAAGCACCCGGACAGCCUAUAGCCUUACCAUUUGAGGUAAUUCCAGUGAAGUACGGGAGAAAUAGGCCUGUGGCUGCAGCAGCAGCAGCUACCGCAGCUGUUGUUGCAUCAUCAAUGGUCGUAGCUGCAGCCAAGAGUACCGAUGCAAAUCUUGAAAUUCCUGUAUCUGCUGCUGCCACUGCCACUGCUGCUGCAGUGGUUGCAACAACUGCAGCAGUCAACAAGCAGUAUGAGCAGGUUGAGGCCGAUGCCGCUCUUUAUUUGCAGCAUGGAAGUGGAGAUCGGGAGCAGGACACUUAUGGAGAAAAUUCAGAGUGUGAACGAAUAUCUGAUAGAUCAGCAGGGAAUGAAAGCACGAAAUCUGAUAUUACCAUUGACGACGUAGCAGAAUGCGAGAUCCCAUGGGAAGAUAUCUCCUUGGGAGAGCGUAUUGGACUUGGGUCUUAUGGGGAGGUCUAUCAUGGAGAUUGGCAUGGAACUGAGGUAGCUGUGAAGAGGUUUCUAGACCAGGAUAUUUCUGGUGAAUCUCUUGAAGAUCUCAAAAGUGAGGUACGAAUUAUGAAACGGCUUCGGCAUCCAAACGUUGUUCUCUUCAUGGGAGCCGUGACACGUGCUCCCAAUCUUUCUAUCGUUACAGAAUUUCUUCCGAGAGGUAGCUUGUACAGGUUAAUACACCGUCCCAACAAUCAAUUAGACGAACAAAAGCGAUUAAGAAUGGCCCUUGAUGCAGCUCGAGGAAUGAAUUAUUUGCACAAUUGCACACCUGUUGUUGUACAUCGCGAUUUGAAGUCACCAAAUCUUCUUGUUGAUCGGAAUCGGGUUGUGAAGGUAUGCGAUUUUGGUUUAUCAAAAAUGAAGCAUAGCACGUUUCUUUCUUCAAGGUCGACAGCGGGAACGGCUGAGUGGAUGGCUCCAGAAGUGUUGAGAAAUGAACCUUCAGAUGAAAAGUGUGACGUUUAUAGUUACGGAGUCAUACUAUGGGAACUUUCUACAAUGAAACAACCAUGGGGAGGAAUGAACCCGAUGCAAGUUGUUGGCGCCGUUGGCUUUCAGCAUCGCCGUCUUGACAUCCCAGACAAUAUAGAUCCUGCCAUUGCUGACAUUAUUAGGAAAUGCUGGCAAACUGAUCCAAGAUUAAGACCUUCAUUUGCCGAGAUCCUGGCUGCACUAAAGCCACUGCAGAAGCCAAUGCUGAGUUCUCAAGCACCGAGACAGAAUGCUUCUGCAGUUAGUGGUCGAUCGAAGGCUCGAUUAUUGUAAGUUGCUGAAGACCCAUUAGGAUAAGCAAACAAGUAUACUAGCCUACCGAGUCGGGAAUCUUGUCGAGUUUCCAUCAAAGAAGGCAGCAUGUUUAUUGAUUGUAUUGGACAUAUAUGAGAAAAAGAUGUACUUCAUUUGAGACUGUAAUUCUUCUCCAACUUUGUGGCUUCUCAAUGUCCUUAGAGAUGCUCAUUGUCAGGACAUAUAUUUGUUGUAAAAAAAUGAAACAAAAGAUUAGUGGAAAA